GAAUUUUUAUAAUAAUUCUAUUAUUAAAUUAGUAAUUAAAAUACAGAGUACAAUUGAAUAAUUAACCUCUUGGGUACGCGCGUCGACUAUAGUCGACAGUCGCCGAAUGUAUUCCCACGAUUGACUUUCAGCUAAAGUCAGUAAUCACUAAAAGCAUACAUAUAUACAGCCUACUGUCAACUUUAGUUAAUUAUUAUACAAAUUCUCGGUUUAGAUAAGUACCUAUUACAGUUGGGCGGAAUAUGAGCGCUACAUAAUAUAACUACUUGUCGUUAUUGCUUGCAAGUUUAAUCGUUCAGACUUUAUUUCAAAUUGUAAAUAAUUUGUAGACAAUGUACACAAUGUAUUCUGAUUCAUCAAGCGAAAACGACAUCGUUCCCUGCCUCAACAGUGGAAAUGUCGAACGGGCAGGAGUUUUUAAUUCGUCUGAUUCAGAAGCAGAAAUAACCAAAGAAAAGAGCCGUAGUUCAAAUAUAAAGUGGUUGCAUGCGAAUUUAAAACCUCAAAUACAUACGUUCGACGAUAGAAAUUCUGGAACUAUAACAGAGAAUAUUACCUAUUCAUCUCAAAUCAUAGAUUAUUUCCGAAUAUUUUUUUCCGAGGAUUUGAUGACACAUAUAACGAACACAACGAACAAUUUUUAUCGAUGUACAGUCGAACAAUUGGACAACAUUCCUCCCUCGCUGAAAAAGUGGCAUGACACUACGAUAAACGAAUUAUAUCGUUUCAUUGCUUUGACGCUGACAAUGUCGCGCUUAAAAAAAUUAUCAUUCAAUGAAUAUUGGAGUACCAAUGAAAUUAUUAGAACAGAUGUCUUUGGUAAACAUAUGGCACGAGAUAGAUAUGUCGCAUUAAAAGGUGCUUCAUUUUAGCGACAAAAGAUCAGAGACGUCUAAAAACCUACUAAUAAAAAUUCGUGAACCUUACGACAAACUGCGCGAAACAUUCAAAAAAUCGUUUUGUCCCUUCAAGAACUUAUGUAUUGAUGAGAGUCAUAUGCUUUACAAAAAACGAUUGUCAUUUAAACGAUACAAACCUGAAAGGAGUAGACUUGGAAUAAAAACGUUUGUGUUGUGCGAUUGUAAGACGGGAUAUGUUUUAGAUUUUAUCGUUUAUACCGGCGCUAUUUCUGACGUUGAUACAUUUUCUGAAAGAUUCGGUAGAUCAGGCAACAUUGUGGUAAACUUGCUACAACAGUAUUUAGGAAAAGGUCAUCAAUUGUUUGUCGACAAUUGGUUCUCAAGCCCCGCACUAUUCAACUUUUUGCACGAUUGUACUACAAACUCAUGCGGAACAGUAAAAAAGCAACGCGAAGGUAUGCCGAAAAUGGGAGAAGAAUUAAAAAGUGGAGAAUCAAGUUUUCGGUCAUCGGGUAAUUUGCUUGCACUAAAAUGGCAGAGCAAACACGAAGUUUGGAUGUUAUCCACGAGUCAUUCAGCGGAAUAUCGAAACACUAGAAAGAUAAAUUAUCGUACAGGUGAAGUUUUACAGAAGCCUACGUGUAUAUUAGAUUACAGUAAAUCAAUGGAAAUUAUUAGUGAAACUAACCGUAUAAUAAACACGGUUGAAUGCACAAAGAAUACCUUACAGUGGCACAAAAGAUUAUUCUUUCAUUUAUUGGAUCUUUCGGUGUGGAAUUCGUAUUGUUUAUAUAAAUUCAAGACCAAAAAGGUUCUAUCAAUGUCCGAAUUUCAUUUAGCAUUAAUUACGGAACUUUUACAAUCGUAUCCUCGAUCAGUGGGGACAGUGUCUCCUCUUAGAUCCGAAAGCCUUUUACGUCUUACAGAAAGACAUUUUCCAACUUUGCAUAAGAGUGAUAAAGCUAAUAGAAAAAAUCCAAUGCGUAGAUGUGUCGUAUGUGCCAAACUUGAUAAAAGACGUUGUUCAAGAUAUUGUUGUAAACAAUGUAAUGUAGGCUUAUGUAUAGUUCCGUGUUUCGAAAUGUAUCAUACACAACAUUAUUUUUAAAUUUAA